AUGUCCGUCGGUGAGGGCGCUAAUCAAACACCUGAUAGCCAGCGUCGAAACCAAUACCACCAAAUAGCAACCGGAUCUGAGUCUUUUUUCCCUUCUACAUCUCAGUCUUUGGCAGCUCGACAGCAACAUCGGGCGCCAGCAAUUAACUACUCAUUUGUUCACUCCCCAGAACAACAAGGGAUUCCAAUUAACUAUCGCAGUCAUAACUAUAAUCACCGCUCCUGUUUUCCCUGUUUACCUAAUUCCGGAGGUACCGUUAGUGUCAGUGAAAACGAUUCAGCUGUUCAACUCUCUGCAGACCACAGCAAUCCCAAUCCCCUUAACGAGCUCGACUUCCGACUCAUGAAUAUUGAACCGAAUAUGUCGCCAUCUUCUGGCAUUACGUCGCCUAUGGAUUUGGGUUUCACAAACAUCGGCGAUGAACAGAGUAUUGACAACAUUGACCUCAAUAACAUAACGCCUUCUAUUAAACUUGCCUCAUCAUUGACUCUUUUGGGACCAAGUGACUUUCCAUCUGGAGGCGGUAACGGAAGCGGCGGAGGUAACAAUAGCGGUCGUCGUGGUAAACUGCUGGUAAAAAGUGACAUUUCAAAAGGUCGUGAAAGUGGUGGAGGUUUCGGGGGGAGUGAGAUGCCUUCCACCUCCUGUCCAGCUGACGACAGUGGCGGAGCAUAUCUCACUGUCGGAGAGUCCUUCGAGAGCCCUACGGGUGCUUUGAGCAUCCCUCGAGCCAGGGGCGGUGGUAAUGGUAACGCCUCGGGUGGCAGUGGGGCUAGUAGUGUCACCGGAACCUGGGGUGGUAGCAGUCUCACCAGUCUCUCCGGCCCCCCUAACCUCCCCAUGCUCUCGGGCAACUCUGCUAGCAACGAUAAUCAGCGUGUUGCUAUGAUCAGGGCUCGCAGCAAGAAAGACAGCCAUAAUCGAACGCCUUGUGCUCUCUAUCCCGGCUGCUCGCAUCCUCGAACUGUUGCCAUGGCGGUUGAACGGAAACGUCGGGAUUACAUUAACUGCCAGAUCACGGAGCUAGGCACUCUACUCCCCGAAGAGAUGUUCCGCGAAAAUGACUGCAAGAAGAACAAGGGCAGUAUUCUGAAGAACUCGGUGGAGUAUAUAUCUGCUCUACAACGAGAGAAUCAUUGUUACGCCGAUCUCUAUAACGAGACCAACCUUGCCAAUUCCGUCAUCGAUCGUUUGGUAAAGCGCAUUCAGGAUCUAGAGUCACUUUUGCCGUCAGAAUACCUAACCAAGGUGGCUCUCGCGGGUCCAGCUGACUACCGACAAAUGCUUCAGGAAUGGUCAAAGUUACAUGAUAGCAAUCAACAGAAAAUCUCCUCCAGCGCCGCAGCUGCUGGAGCAUCCGCCGGGACUGUCGGUGGGCGUGGUGGUGUUGGGCAGGUCUCCGUCGAUACCAGUGAAUCCUCUCCCGGAAUGUCCUCCGUCGGCAACAACGACGACAUUGGCACCUAUCUUGAUGCCAGAGGUGAUUCCAACUCACCAGUGCCACUGGUUGGUCGACCAAGUCGCACUCGCUGCACUUCGACAUCCUCAACAACGGGACAGCCGAUGACUUUGAGUGUAGCCGGUAGCGGCGUUGGCGGUACUGGCGGUAUAGAGGGAGCUCCUUUGGCGGCGCCCCCUCUGGUAGGCUCUUUACCCUCUCGUGGCGCUCGCAUUCUGCCUGCCACCUCCCCACCGAAUCCCACACAGGCGGGUGGGCGUCUGACGCAGAUGCGUCCCCUCUUCUCCCAACUGUACACCAGCGGGGGUGGUGCUAAACAUCCCUCACCGCCCUCAGGGAGGAUUGCGGGCAAACGUACUGCUUCUGGGAGACCUCCCGCCACGAAAAUGGAGGAGGGUGGUGCCAUUGCAGUGCCAAAACAAAGUCCCGUGUUUUCUGCCAACAGUGGAAGCAAUACUUUCUGUGGCGGUGGUAGCAGUAGAUUUGGAGGUCUUAGCGCUAGCCUCCCUGUGAGAAUGGCUCCAGAUGAUUUUCCUUCCACUUCGGAGAUGAAUACUGAUGAGCCCUAUCUUCGUAUGACUUCUGACAGCGGUGAGAGAGGCAGAUGCCAGGAUGGAAUGGCAACCGCAUUCAAGCCUGAGCCCAUGGCGGAGGUGUCCUGCAACCCGCCUACCACCUUCCAUUCACACUCUUACCAGCCCCAAUUCGGUGCUGGUGGCGGCGCUAGUGGUGGAGGCGUUCAGCCUAUUUGGGCGCAGCGACUGUCACGUCCUCUCUCCGCCGGACAGCACCAACAAUUACCCACAGAGACAUCGCCGGCACAGCAGGCUAGCGGCAUGUCAGACGAACUACAGUUCGACCACGCCAUGUAA